GGAGCCCAAACGUGACAACUCUCGCGAUACUACCGACGCGCUGCAGCUCAGCUCACGGGCCUGCUCCAGGAAUGCGUAACGACCAUUGUUAUUGAUCAAGAAUAGCACCAUUAAGGCCGUCUAACCAAACAAACAAGCGCAGUGGUCCUCCGAACUGGCAUGGUGGAAGACAUCCGGCGGAGGCUGUACCUAUGGGGAUGAGAGGCGAACGGUUGUCGGAGCAUUCGCAGCGGUGGGCUCGUUGACUCUCCGUGCGGGCCCAGGAUGGCGCAGGGAGGCGCUCAGCUCGACUACCACAUCCUGCAGGACCUCAAGCAGCGCUUCCCCGAGAUCCCCGAGGGAGUCGUCUCCCAGUGCCUUCUGCAGAACAACAACAACCCGGAUCUCUGCUACCACCUGCUGGCUCAGGAGAGUAACAGAUACCUCUAUGGCGAGUUUCACCACAGCCCAGAGGAGGCGCGCAUGAACCGGAACCACAUGCUGCACAUCAGCCUGGGCUACCCCGACACGGGGGGCAAGGCCAACGGAGGGGGGGCGGGGGGCGUGGGACGCUCGCUGGUGCACAGCUCCAGCGACGGCCACAUCGAGCCCCAGCGGCCCAACUUCCCCGAGCCCCUCUCGGCGCCGGCGGCCAUGGUGCCCACCCAGGCCUACAGCCCCUUCAUGAUGAGCGACCCGGGCCGCCCGGCCAACACGCCCACGCCCCCGCCGGCGGCGCCCGCCGCGCAGGGCAUGUCGCCCACCUUCUCCCCCGUCCAGCGCUACAACAACCCGCUGACGGUCCCGCUGACGGUCACGCUGUCGCAGAACUUGCCCAACGCGCCCCAGGCCCUGCACAUCCCGCCGGGACACUACUCCAACAACAGCACGCUGUACAUCCGGCCCUCGCCCUCCCAGAGCCCACAGCCCGCGCCCUGGCCGUCGUCCGGCCCGCAGCCGGCCUACCGCCACCAGCAGCAGUCGCCGUACGGCACGCCCACGUACGGCUCCCCCUACAGCUCCCCCCAGCACCAGCCCCAGCCGCCCCCGCCGCCGCCCCAGCAGCAGCCGCCCCAGCAGUACGUGUUCCUCCCCAUCAGCUCGCCCAACAUGCCCUACCACCACCACCAGCAGCAGCAGCAGCAGCCCCCCCCCAUCUACCGGCCCGCCCUCCCCAAGAGCUCGCUGAAGAACCAGAUCGAGAUCACCCUCGAGGGCCCGCGGCCCCGGAGCAACUCGCCGGUGCACGCCCAGGGCUCCAUGUACAUGGCGUCCAGCACCUCGCCCGGCUCGCCGUCCAGGGGCGUCGGCCUGGGGGGCCCCCCCCCCGGCGCCGCCGCCGCCGCCGCCGCCGCCUUCCACCCGGGGAUGUACCUGCAGCACCAGGGGCCCCCCCGGCCCCGGCCGGCCUCCUCGCCCCAGCACCCCCAGGCCGGGUACACCUUCAAGAUCAAGGUGUCCCCGGGGGGCCACCGGCCGCAGGCCAGCUCCCCGCCGGCGGAGUCUCUGCUGAACCUGGUGGACCAGGGCGGGCACAGCGGCGCCCCCGCGCCCAUCCUGCCCAUCUCGGCGCUGCCCGGCAACGUGGCCAGCCAGUCGCAGCACAUGCCACGCCGCUCCAGCUCGGGCUCCGACGACUACGCCUACACGCAAGCCCUGCUGCUGCACCAGCGUGCCCGUAUGGAGCGCCUGCUGAAGGAGCUGCUGCUGGAGCGCGGCAAGCUGGACCAGCUGAAGAGCGACGUCAACAACAUGGAGUACGACGCGCUGCAGCGGCGCUUCAGACGCGUCAACUCCUCCAACCUCAUCCCCGGGCCUGACGAGAUGAAGCGACUGCUGAAUGUAAACCGAAAGCUGAAGAUUGACAUCGACUGCACCUUGAAGGAGACGGAUCAACUUCGGACGCUAGGGAAGUUUGACCCGAAGGUCAUCGCAAACUUCUACGACAGCAUUCAGCCGGGCCCCGCAGUGCCGCCCAAGCCGGGGAAGAAAGCAGGAGAGAAGGCCCCCAAGCCGACGCCGGGGCCCCAGAGGGACGAGGACUUCGAGGGCGCCCAGUGGAACUGUGAGAGCUGCACCUUCCUGAACCACCCCGCCCUCAACCGCUGCGAGCAGUGCGAGAUGCCGCGCUACAACUGAGCGCCGCUCGGGGCGCCGCGCCCCGGACUCCUCGCUCCGGGCUCCUCUGCUCGGCGAUCGUUGCUCUGCCCUGCUUGCUCCCCCCACCCCCCCCGGCCCACCCCCGCUGCGCCGAAACCGUGAAUAGUAUGAGCUCCACCUGCUGUAAGCAGCCUCUCUGUGUCUUAAUCCACUGAGGGUCUAUAUAGAAGACCACCCGCCCCCUGCCCCCUCGUCUCCCCCGUUGUAGAGCAGCCCCCCUCACCCUUUGACCCCCCCCCCCCCCCGUGUUUGACUCGGAGGGCGAGGACACUUCCCCAGGCGGAGUGUGGGAGGGGGGCGAUAUGGAGGUGGGCGGGGCCUGGAGGCGGUCAGGGAGGAGGAGCUAAGAGGUCGGGUGGGGCGGGGGCGGGGGCGGGGUCGGGGUGAAGGGUCACCCAACAAACAUUCCGAGGAGCAGCCCUGUUUACUCCUCUGCUCCGCACACUUACAGGUGGAUGCAUUCCCCCCCACCCCCCCCCACGCCCCCUCCCUGUUCCUUGGCCGCGUGGGACAAUGGAUGCAAUGGUUCCUUGGGUCUGACUUAACUUGUAGACUGUACACUGUAUCUGGCUCUGUCUUAAGAGCUCUCUUUCAUCCGAUGAAGAACACUAAGGAGGGACUAUCAUGAAUAUAUAUAUAUAUAUAUAUAUAUAUAUAUAUAUAUAUAUAUAUAUAUAUAUAUAUAUAUAUAUAUAUACGUAUAUAUAUAUUCCUGGUACUUUUAUGCAUAUUUCAGCCACACUGUAUUCUGUGGUUCAAAAGAUGUGGAUUUUUUUUUUCCUGUGCAAAUGCCUCAAGUUGCUGUACUUAAUAAAGGAGCUGAUUCUAUGGGACUUGAAAAUGCAAAGCUGGUAUCUGGAUAUUUUUAUAAUGAAGGAUGGAUGACACGUUGACCCCCCCCCUCCCCCUCCCUCACCCAGAUCACGCACAGACGCUUGCGUUCGUUUUUUUUGUGUUCUUUUAACGUUUAUUUUGCCAAAAGGAACAAGUAUCAGGAACAAAAAGUAGAAUUAUGUUCAAACUCAACAAACUCAUCCACACUCAACCCAGUUUAGUGUGCGUGUGCGUGCGUGUGUGCGGGGUUGGGAAAUGUCUAGACCUUGGUAAGUAACACUGGUUUACACUGGUUUUGUUUUGGGAUUGAGUCCUAAACCUCCACUUGAAUGCACUCCUCAUAACGUCGCUCGCUGCCCGGAUCCCUGCACUGCAACGCGUCCCCCAACCUCCCCACAACCUUGGGCAGAAAGUAAACUCCUACAGCGCAUAAACAACCCGGUCUGAAGGCCCGGAGUAUAUUCAACAUGUCCGCCGUGUUCCCACAGACAGCAGAGAUAAAGGGUGUCACAUGGGGAGGUGGGUGUGAGAGACACACACACACGCACACUUGCACACAUAAACCCACACUCGAUUGCACACACACACACACACACACUCGCACACACACACACACUUGCACAAUCUCUCCUGCACACAAACACACUCGCACGCGCACACACACACACACACAAUCUCUCGCACCACGGUCAUUCACCCCUCUGGUUCUCUCCCCCCCCCCCCCCCCCCUCUCUGCUAGUCUAUUUGGAACAAACAGCCCUUUGAAAACCCUGCACUGCACUAACUGUGAACCCUUCCAUAGCGUACCGCCACUUCACUCUAGGAGCUAGCCCAGUUAGCGUUAGCCAUCAGACGUCUUCUGCCAUGUCGGCUCCCACACUGGAUUUGAUGUACAUGUUUUGUUCUGACAGAGGUGAUGGCAUUGAUUUUUAAAAGUGUGUUGGUGUUCAUCCUCUGAACUCUGGGACGUGUGCUCUUGCCAUUAUUAUAAUAAAUAAGCGACCACUGAUGGCUGAAUCAGCGUGUUGUAUGUGGUGAUCCGUUCUUUGUGUGUAUAUUAAUCACUCUACAUGGUUAAAAACAUGCGCUGUAACAUUCAACCGAUACAAUGCAAUAAAAUCAAAAAUACAAA